AUGAGUUCCACGCCGGGCGCCGUUGCGUCAGUUUUGUUACGGGCAAUGCCUCGAGUACCUCGUCGACAGAACAUUGGAUACCAGAAUACACAUACGCGAGAAGAUUUACAAGGAUGCUUUGGAGAAGGACCAAAGUCGGUUACAAAGGCCCUUGAUGAAUUGGACUUGUCAGAGGUCAACCUGGAUGAUCCAUUAGCUUGUGGGAUAUUUGAUCCCACAGGGAGAGGUGACAGGAAUGCUAAUAGACUCUUAGAAGAAGAAAUACAGGGAUUGUUGAACCGGCAACUAUAUAUUGCAAAAAGGACCAUUUUAAUUCUACCUAAUGAAUUAUCGAUUGAAUCAACUAAUCCAGUAACACUUAAUGAAGAGGAUGAUAAUGAUGAAUCCUUCAGGCAAUUAAGAACAGUGAAUCAUAGAACAUCAGCUUCAGAUGAAUUAGAUGAAAUUGUACGAUACUUGGCUCUUGAUAGUAUUGGUCUUAAUGACGAUCCAUUAAAAUGGUGGCAAAUUAUAAAAAUAGUUUACCAGUUCUUGCUCAACUGCCGAGGGAAUAUCUUUCAAUUCUUGCAACUUCAGUCCCUUCUGAGAGACUAUCCUCAGAUGCUGGGAACCACAUAA